GACCCUUUCUCCGAUUUUGAGAGACGCCUCCAGCUGCUGCUGCUUCGUCUACUACUUCUUCUCCAGCGUGACAUAGAAACCACCAAUUAACCAUGGCGGACGACGAUUACAACGAAAUGGACAUCGGGUACGAGGAUGAGCCAGUAGAGCCAGAAAUUGAGGAGGGCGCAGAAGAGGAUGCGGAUGCGGAGAACGCUAACGAUGAUCUUCCAGGCGAUGCCAUUGAAGAUGAUGACAAAGAAGAACAAGCCCCGGUGGAACGACCGCGAAGAACAUCCAAAUUUAUGACCAAAUAUGAACGUGCUAGAAUAUUGGGCACUCGUGCUGUGCAGAUCAGCAUGAAUGCCCCUGUGAUGGUUGAGUUACAGGGUGAGACUGACCCACUUGAGAUUGCUAUGAAGGAGCUUCGUGAGCGGAAGGUACCCUUCACCAUUCGCCGCUACCUGCCCGAUGGAAGUUAUGAAGAUUGGGGAGUAGAUGAGUUGAUUGUGGAAGACUCGUGGAAGAGGCAAGUGGGAGGCGAAUGAUCAUCUACGCAUGGAAAAUGGUUUCUGAUGUUGGUAUUUUAUCUAUAAAUUUCCCGUUUAGAUCUUCAUUGACCUGUAACAUUUGUAACAUUUUACCUAUAAACUUACAUGUUGAAAGAUUUUUUCUGUCAUCUGUAAAUGUUUUGAUACACUGUAGAAGACAUCAGAAAUUUAAGGAUGUCCUUAACUUUCAGAAAUUUAAGGAUGCCUUACUUGAGAAAGUUAAGGACAUCCUAUUUUCGGGGUGUGAUUCAACCAUCUUUAGAUUUCUUUUAUUGUCACAGAUGAGAAAUAAAAUACUCAAUACUACGGUCUGGUGAUAUUCUUGGAA